AGUGAUAGUGAUCUUUUGAGUCAUCCUGUAGCCAAGGUAGAGCGGUACUUUCGAUAGAUGCAAUUGCGUCUGCAACCUAACGUAAAACGGUGCGCGGGACGCAUGCGCAGUGCUGAGGAUCAGGGUUGAUCAUCCGGAUGGUAGCCGUGCCAGAGCCCAAGUCAGCCCAAGUACAUACGGAUACUGGAGGAAGGCAUGACGCCAUGUUUUGAUGUCGUCAUCCCCCCCCAAAGCACUCUACUCCAUUCCACCAGUGUUUUCUGUUGUGCGGUUGUGCUCUGUGCCGUGAAGUUAUUUGGCGAGGCCUCUUCGGGCCGAUUUGCAUGCGACUCGGAUCCAGGUUGCGUUUUCCUGCGAUUGUACGCGCGGAAAGGCUAUUUUCGCGGCGUUUAAUGUGCGGGAAAGUGGCCGUGGAGCGGGGGGGGUCCGCGAGCGUCGUCUACGUGGUGGUGGUGUCCUAGUGCACGCGCGCCAACGGGCUCAGCGGAACUCCGCACGGUUACGUCACGGAACGAAGCUUUCUCGAGGUUCACCGAACGCCCUGGGGAUACUUUGCAUUGCCGAAGAUGGAACUGCGCUUGCAUUCUCCGGCUGGAGCAGAACCUAUCAUUUAUCAGUGGCCUCUCACCUCCGGAUCGGGAUCCGAUCGGCAUGACGGAGCUCUGGACGUCGUUGAAACUAUGAGAUGGGUUUGCGAAGAUUUACCAGAUUUGAAACUGCCGUUGGAAAAUAAUAUUCUUUGCAACUACGAUACCCGUGAUUACGAGAGUAUGAAAAACUUGUGUGAUAGAUUCAAUAGGGCUAUCGAUAGUUUAGUGCAAUUGGAAAAGGGUACCAGUUUGCCCUCGCAAAGGCUUAAUAAAAGACCCAGCAGAGGCUUACUGCGACAUAUAUUGCAACAGACUUAUAAUCAAGCUGUAGUAGAACCUGAUAAAUUAAAUCAGUAUGAGCCUUUCUCGCCAGAAGUUUACGGCGAAACUAGUUACGAGCUCGUUUGUCAGAUGAUCGAUCAGAUCGACGUAACGGACGACGAUGUCUUCGUCGACUUAGGUUCGGGCGUCGGUCAGGUGGUUCUGCAGAUGGCAGCGGCCACACUUUGUAAGAUAUGUAUUGGCGUCGAAAGGGCUGAUGUACCUUCCAAAUAUGCACAGAGCAUGGAAAUAAACUUUCGCAAAUGGUUGAGCUGGUACGGAAAACGAUGCGGCGAUUAUCGUUUAGUGAAGGGGGACUUCCUAGCCGACGAACAUCGAGAAAGCAUCACUGGCGCUACGAUUGUAUUUGUUAAUAAUUUUGCAUUCGGUCCGACAGUGGAUCAUCAGUUAAAGGAACGAUUUGCAGACUUGCGCGACGGCGCACGUAUCGUUUCGUCGAAGUCUUUCUGUCCACUCAAUUUUCGGAUCACUGAUAGAAAUCUCAGUGAUAUAGGUACAAUAAUGCACGUGUCGGAGAUGUCCCCGUUGAAGGGUUCCGUCUCUUGGACCGGUAAACCAGUGUCUUACUACCUCCACGUAAUUGAUCGAACCAAGCUGGAACGAUAUUUUCAUCGUUUAAAGAAUAACAAGCAAGGAGGGCUAGACAUUGAAAAUUCCGAUUCUGUGAUAAGCAACACUGCCAGCCAUAAUAGUAGGAUGUCUAAUAGAGGGGAAAGAGGUGACAGAGCAAAGAGGGAUCUUUCAAGGCAACUGGACAGUCCCAACAAUUCGGAACAGCAGGGAACUAACAGUGACUCGGAUCUUGAUGAUGGCAGUAUAAAGAACCGUCGGCAACCCACUAAAAUCCGUAGAAAACUUAAUAGAAAAGCGACUAACGGUAUCGGAGCGAGGCCUCCGGCGCGGGGCAGGCAGAGGGGCAGAGGUGUUAAAAAGUCGAAACCUAAAAAAGCCAUCAAUAUCUCUGGUUUGGAUUUACUACACAGUCAAACGUUACUUAGUACUUCGCCUCAAGCUUUAGGGAAAAAACCACCGCCAGCGCCUGGUUGUGUCGAUCAGCAACUCUCAUCACUCUCGCUGUCACUCCAACCACAUUCUACUUCUGUACACGAGGAAUUAAGUAUACCUCCUGCACCUUCUGCGACUCCUUACGCCCUGCAGAUUCUUUUGGACUUAUACAGGGACCAAUUUAUGGUUAUGCUGGAGUCUAUGAGAACACCUACGUAUAGAGUGUCAGUAAAUACAGAUAUCGCAAAAGAAAGAGAGAGAAAUUCAAGAUUGCAAUCGCGAGCAGCUCAAUUAGAGAAGCAAAUAAAAGUCUUAAUUGACGACAGCGUAGCAUUAUUAAAAGCCCGAAUGACCGAAUUGGGUAUAAAUGCAACGUCGCCAGGAGACUUGUUAGCGAAAGCCAAGGAAAUUGUUCUACGGCAUAAACAGUUGCAAGCUAAAGCAAGCAAAUUACAGGCACAAGUAUCAUCAAUGGAGGCUGAGCAGACAAGACUGACCGUCAUUAGGCAUCAAGAGCUGCAAGAAAAGUACAAUAGCCAUGCUAAUGCAAAUGGCAUUACCAAUCCACCGCAAGCACUAACACAGGAUUAUAUACUAAAAGAGAUCUCCGCCACAUUAUCGCAACGAAAACGAUUGCAUUCUCAGGUGUCUAAAUUGGAACAUGAAUUGAAUGUAUUAGAAAGAACAAGUAGUGAAAAACAGGCAGCCACUAUGGCUCAACAACAACAAAGGGAUGCGAUCAGUGCAAAACAUACACAAAAUCAACAUAUUCAGCAGCAACCUAGUGGGAAGGGGGGGUCUCGUAAAAGUAGGGAGGGUCGUUCCAGGUCUCAGGAAUGGCCAGACGUUCCGGAUAUUGGUAAGAUACAGGAGAAUAAUCCUGAAAUCUUAGCGCAAAAAAUUCUAGAAACAGGGAGGCAAAUAGAGGCUGGCCGAAUACCGAGUAGGCAAAAUUCUAACGCGUCUAAUGCAUCGAGGGCUAGGCUCCCUCAGGCAACACUUAGUUUUUCAUCCUCAUCAUCCUCUUCAUCCUCACAAUCACAAGUCAAUAGCAGGGAUUCGUCAAAUAGAGUACAAGAGCCUCCCAGAGUAGCUAAUUUUGAAGAUAGGCUAAAGAGUAUCAUUACAAGUGUGUUGAAUGAAGAUCAGCAAAAUAGGAGUAAGCAGCAGCAGCAAAUGCAGCUGCAAGUGCAACAAUUACAACAACAGCAACAACAAAUUGAGCCUGAAAGAAAGCGUGUUGCACUGCCACAAAAUGUUACUACGCCAGACUACACUCAGGUUUCACCAGCAAAGUUAGCCUUACGAAGGCAUCUGUCUCAAGAGCGUCUCUCUUCUCACUUAACGAUCUCGGACAGACCCACGUCUGACACCCGACAAUCGAGUCACGAUAAUCGAAUGGCUGCAGGAGGAGGAAAUACAGGCGAAAGUGGGAUACUGGGGACUCGCACGAUCGGUGAUCUCGUCAGUGGGGAAAUUGAGAGAACUCUUGAGAUAUCGAAUCAAUCAAUAAUAAACGCAGCGGUGGAUAUGAGCGCCAUAAUACGUCCUGAGGCUGUAUAUUCACCUAUUAGUAGACCUGCUAGUGCUGAAGGAGACGUGGGUUUGGCUACGUUAGCGCAUGUCGCCAGUUAUGCACCUACCCCUACGGCAGUGUCGACACCGACACCAACCACGGCAUCUCGUUCAUCUGUACUCUUCACCCCAGUCACACAGCCGCAGAGGUAUACACCCGUACAAUUACCACGGGCGGACAUUAAGCCUUACCACGAGUCAUACUUUGCUGACAAUCCAUCUCAACCCUCUACGCAACCUCAUCCACCGACGAGUCUACAUUCGUCGCAAACUUCGUCAAACGGUGAAUUGUUGCCAGUAGAAGGCUUGGCAGCAUCCCUUCAUGCGCGAAUACUCAACAACCACAACAGUAAUAAUAGCACUGCCAAAAGUGAUCCUUCGGUUGCCAGUAGUAGAAGAUAUCAACCAUAUCCCCGUUAUACGAGUGGGAAUAGUAGUAGUAGCAACGGUAGCAACGUAACUACGACCCAGUUGCAGUCGGUGAUGUCUGUAAAGACAGAAGCAGUCAUAUCAACGGUUAGUACGAGCGGAGCACCUUUAAGUCCUCUUGUGGAGCCACAUUCGAACACAUCCACGCCCCUGGUCGACGAGCCACAUAUGACAACGCAAAGGCAGCGCAAUGGAAACGGUGAAGACGAUGGAGAAGCUGACUGGCAGGACCGAAUCAGCUCAGGAUUCGACAGGCUAGUCGCAUUCGCUUCCACCGAAUUGGACAAGAGAAGGAGAUCCACGGAAGGGGUGAACACCAGCCCUGACAGUGGUUUAGGUUCAGAUAGCGCUGUAUUAGGCCCUCCACCGGUAGUUCCAUCCCCCGACGAAGCGAUUGGGCCUCCUAGAACACCUUCUCCGACUAGUCCACGUCCUCCGAAUCCUUCCAGUGGUACCAGCAGCAGUUCGGUACCUCUGAAGUACCAGCGUCAACCGGAUCCCGAGAGGCAUCAUUUUAAGAAAAAGUUUUUUCAUAGAGACUGGAAUAAUUCCGGCAGUACAAGUAAAUUUCGUCCUAAGGGCAAAGAUUGGGACUGGCACAAUUCGGGGCAGUGGCCUCCUAAUGGCGAGCAAUCCUAACCCAUCUCACCUUUUACGAUAUGAGCGAACGAUUACCUUGAUUUAGCGGUUCCAAAUCAUAUUAAAUGAUUGAGAAUGAGUCUUGAAGUGUACAGAUCAGCACGUAUAUGGAUGCACGUAUGCAGACGAACUUUACAUAUGAUCAUCUAGUUCACACAAGUUAGAUCAUGAUAAAUCUGUAUCUGCGAUUUUGUAAUACUACAAGGAGUAGAAUGUAUGACUAUGAAAAUACUCUUGAAGGGGGGGAGAGGGGGGGGUGUCUAGAUUUACUUAGGUGGUCCAGUCUCUUCUGGAUAUCCCCGUUAGGUUAAAGUAACGACAUAUUGACUGGGCAGCAAGAUUAAAUCUGUAUCCCUUAUCGCGAGGCUUGUAUUGGCUUUUCACGGCCUUGCGUAUGUAUAAAUUAUUUGUUAUUUGAUUUAACGUCAGAUAUAGGCGAGGGAUGCUGACCGAAUGAAUAAAUGAAUAAAAUUGCCGGUGUAGCUUAUGAUGGGAAUGUAUGUAUUCACAGUAAAGUACCAUCGAGAGUAAUGUUAAACGCUAUCGAGGUCGCGUUGGCUGAUAGUCUGUGCACCUAUGGAAACGAUGGAUAGGACGCCGGCGUCUAAUCAGCAUUAUAAAAACAUUAUGUUCUAUGUUCGUUGUGCCAUGUUCCACUGGUGUGUGGACUGACGUUGACUAAAAAAGCGAAACUACCAAACCUCUGUGUGUUCGUUGUAAAUUAUCGCUGUGAAUUUUCUACGUAGCGACAUCUCCCAUUGUUCAUGGAAGAUUUUUUACUCAAGUGUUCACUGUCGACCGUAGUGACGUUAUGGCGACAGACAACAACGUAGUCAUUUCACUGCAAGUUUCCAAUAUUUGAACUCUGGCACAAUUACACGAAUCUGUAAGGAUGCGCCGCAAAUCCAAAGAAUGAUCUCCGCGAGUACUGAAGUUUUUCUAGGUGAUGCAUCUAGACGGGCAAAUUUACGUUUUUCAAAUUUGUCAAUGAGAAUGGGUGCGAACGUGUUCGAAUUUGUGCGUGAAUGUUAAAAAAAAGUAUCUCUUAGCUAUUGCGCAACGUAAUUGUAUAAAAAGAAACGUGCUCGUUUUUCAGUCGACAAUGUAAAAAGCGCUUGAUUUGUCAUACAUAAUUGUAAUUAAUGAAUGAAUUAUUUAAUAACCCCUAUACAUCAGUACAUGAUAGUUAUUGUAAUGUAGGCACCUGCCGACUUUAGCAUGUUACAUACACUGCCGAAUCUUCUAUUAAUUAAUUUUAUUAUUAUUGAUCAUGAUUAUUAUUUAUUGUUUUUAUUGGAAUAUUUUAAUACUAAGGUUUUUGUAACAAGCAA